UCUGUUUUCAUUGAUAGCUGUUCUGUCGCUGUGUGUGAACUCUCUGUGGCUACGAUGGAUGAAGAAUUAAAAUGCCCCGUUUGUGGCUCUCUUUUCAGGGAUCCAAUUAUUUUACCCUGCUCACAUAAUGUUUGUUCGGCUUGCGCCCGAAAUAUCAUCGUACAAACCCCAGAAGGCGAGACACCUCCGCAAAGCCGGGCAUCGGGGAACUCGGACUAUGAUUAUUUGGAUAUGGAUAAGAUGAGCAUGUAUAGCGAAACGGAUAGUGGCUACGGAUCUUACACGCCGUGCCUCAAAUCGCCAAACGGUGUGCGGGUGUUUCCACCAACGCUUGUGCACCGUCACUGUUCUAUCACCUGUCCGCUUUGCCACCGUAGCGUCUCUCUGGACGAGCGGGGCUUGAGAGGCUUCCCACGGAACCGGCUGCUGGAGGCGAUCGUGGCUCGCUACCAACAGAACCGCGCUGCCGCUGUCAAAUGCCAGUUGUGCGACCGCAACCCUGUAGAUGCCACAGUAAUGUGCGAGCAGUGCGAUGUUCUCUACUGCACACCGUGCCAACAGAGGUGCCAUCCUUCCCGUGGACCCCUGGCCAAGCAUCGCUUAGUGCCACCGACUCAGCCGCCACCCGCUGCCCUGCAGCAGCCCAACGCCACGGCGCGCAAAACUGCAACAUGUGCGGAGCACGACGCAGAAAACUACAGUAUGUAUUGCACCAACUGCAAGCUUCCAGUUUGUCACCACUGUUUGGAGGAUGGCAAGCAUGGCAAGCACGACGUGAAACCUCUGCCCACCAUGUGGAAACACCACAAGGGUCAGCUAUCUCAGGCUUUAAAUGGGGUGUCAGACAAAGCCAAGGAUGCCAAGGAGUUUCUGGUUCAGCUGAAGAACAUGCUGCAGCAAAUCCAGGAGAGUGGCGUGGAGUUUGAGGCCUGUCUGGUGGCACAGUGUGACUCCCUGAUCGAAGCCCUGACGCGGCAGAAGGCCAAGCUCCUCACCAAGGUCACCAAGGAGCGCGAGUACAAGCUGAAGGUGGUGCGCGAUCAGAUCACCCACUGCACUAUGAAGCUUCGUCAGACCACUGGCAUGAUGGAGUACUGCCUGGAGGUGAUCAAAGAGAACGACCCCAGUGGCUUCCUCCUGAUCUCCGACGCUCUGAUCAAGCGCGUGCUCUCGUCCCAGGACCAGUGGGUGAAGGGAGCUCUGGAGCCCAAAGUGGGCCCGGAGUUUGACCUGACCCUCAACACCGACCCCCUGCUGCAGACCAUCCUCCAGCUGGACUUUGCUCAGAGCAAAGAUGUACAGGAGACUCCAUUAAUGAAACAAAUGCAUGCAGGUGGCCCGAAAGAGACGGAGGGCACAGGAGCACAGACCCCCACUGUGCCUCCGCCCCCCCUGCUGCAGCUGGAAAAGUGCUGCACCAGAAACAACAGCGCCACCCUGGCCUGGAGGAUAACUGCGGUCCCGCUGGUCACUGUUGACGCCUACGUGUUGGAGCUGGAUGAUGGGAACGGGGGCCAGUACAGGGAAGUGUAUGUGGGAAAGGAGACCGUGUGCACUGUGGAUGGUCUUCACUUCAACAGCUCCUAUAAUGCCAGAGUCAAGGCCUACAACUCAGUUGGGGCCGGGCCCUAUAGCAAAACUGUCAUUCUGAAGACUUCUGACGUGGCGUGGUUCACAUUUGAUCCAACAUCGGCACACCGGGACAUUGUGCUGACCAACGACAACCAGACGGUGAGCUGCAACAGCUACGACGACCGCGUGGUGCUUGGCACAGCCGCCUUCUCCAAGGGCGUGCAUUACUGGGAGCUCCGCAUCGACCGCUACGACAACCACCCAGAUCCGGCGUUCGGUGUGGCCCGGAUCAACACCACGAAGGACAUGAUGCUUGGCAAGGACGACAAGGCCUGGGCCAUGUAUGUGGACAACAACCGCUCCUGGUUCAUGCACAACAACUCACAUACCAACAGGGCUGAGGGGGGCAUUAGCAAGGGCUCCACGGUAGGCAUUCUUCUGGACCUGAAUAAGCACUCCCUCACCUUUUACAUUAACAAAGAGCAGCACGGGCCUGUGGCCUUCGAGAACCUGGAGGGUGUCUUCAUGCCUGCUGUCAGCCUCAACCGGAAUGUCCAGGUGACCCUUAUUACAGGCUUGGAGGUGCCAAAGAAUAUCAAACAGUGAACCUCCAACAUGUUCAGAUCAAUUUUAACCUAAAACACUGUAACCACAAACGUCAACAUCUAAUGCUGUUGGAUGUCUGCCUGCCGUCAACUAUCCAUGUUCCCUUUAGUGAUACUACAGAGGACUUUCAUGAAAAUCUCCUAAUGUAAUUUUAAUUUCCCCUCAUUUUUUAUUAAUCCAGCUGCAUCUUGGAACCGUACGUACAAUCCAGGGCUGAGUUUACAGCUGCAUCUUGCCACAGGGUGCCAUAAAAUAGGUGAACCGCUAAUACUGGAUCCCAUUUGAGCACAGACUCUUAGAAAGUGAGUCAUGAAGUGCCCUAAGCGCCAUUUACUCGACUACUCUAAAACUCAGGUUUGCUUUUAUUACACUGAUACGUGUAAGUAUGUCUCCCUUUUUACUGAUGACAGGAGGUUCGUGAGUCAGCUUCAGGCUAGUCACUCAUUUGCACAAGGCAGUUGCCCUAUAAAUCUACUGUGUCAGUCAGUCAGGAUAUUUUGUCGUUCAAAUGGAAACAAACAAAGACUAACUGAACUAUAAUCUUCAUUUCUUUCCCCAAAGGCAGUAAUAUUUGCCAGGACAGAUGUGAAGCUGCUUAAUAUAGGGUGUACAGAAUUAGUUUUUUAUUUCCCACAAUAUUUCAAACUCACAAGGGAUCUUGCUGCUGCUCUGUGGAUGUAUCCUUGCUACUGGUUAUUAGCCAUUCUGUCAGCCCGCCAGCAAUCUGUUUGCCAGCAUUUAGACUAAAAUGUCCCCGUUCACUGUGACUCUGAGUGUGUAGUUCAACUUUAGAGGUGUAACAUUCCAGCUGGGGUUUUGGUUGAGGUGAUUUCAGACAAUGGAUCUGCCUUAACCCUUGUUGUACUCAACCCUUAACUGAAUGUUCCUUUGUCACGUGCAUUUGAUUUGAUAUAUUUUUGAUUUAUUUAUUUUCUGUAUGAAUUGCUGUGUGGGUAUGCAGCUCCAUGUUAUUGAGAGAGAGCCAUAGAGUCAGUAUUGUAAAGCUGAGCAACUUGUGUUUGCAUGUCAUACUGCUGUAAAUAUCAACAUUAAUGAUCCAAGACAGGUGCCACGUAUGAUGUUCUAAGGACUUAAAGUAAAAAGAGGACUAAUACUUUUGUAAAUAGUGUAAUGAUGUUACAGACAAGGGACUCACCAAAACAACCAAGUGUAGCAGUUCGCCCCCUGGAGUUUAAAAUAAGAACAACAACCUUCCCUUGUUAAACCCAGAAGGUGAGGGCCAAUUGAUAAUAAUGAUGAUGGAUUCACUAUUAUUUAAUCACUACCUGUGCAACACAAAGUUAGUAUGCUAUGGAUUUACAUAAAUGUAGGUCAAAUAUAUGUAAGGCAGAAUGAUGGGGUUGGUCAUUCUUUGUGGAUUAAUUUAUUUAUACCAUUAGCAUUUUAAAGUGCAGGUUGUAGUUGCCUGUAUUCUAAUUAAGCAGGUGCAGGUAUAAUUAAGCCAAUUAUUAAUUUAAUUUACCAUUCUGAAAGACUUUACUAUAUUUUUUGUAAAUAUUUUGUUUGGGAGUUUACUUCACUCCCAGCAAGAGGAAUUAUUAUCAGAUUAACAAAAUUACUGUAAACCAUUAUUGUUCUUUGAUAUUUAUUAUUAUAUUAUUCAGUCAAGAGAGUAUGCUGGAGAAAAAAUAUUAUAUCUAUUGUUUGUGUUGUCAGUAAUCCAAAGUGAAGUGGGAUUUGUGAGGAUUAAGCAUGCCAAAGUUGCUCUUGUGCUGAGAAGCCAUGGAGUCAUUUUGCAGUGGGAGAGCAAGGCUAUAGUGUUCUUUUUUGAAGUGACUGUCUCCCCUGUCUCCUCGCAAGCUGGCUAGUAUGGUGGUGCUAAAUACAAGCUUUUCCUAAAAUGCCACCUGUUCAUAUUUUCAAUGACUGACAGCUGUAAUUUUUUUGUGCUGAGCAGUUGUACAUUUUUCUAUUUGUUAUAAUCUUCAAAUGAUUGAGUAAAUAUGGAAGUGUGUGUGUGUGUGUGUGUGAGAGAGAGAGAGAGAGAGCGCUUAAUGUUCUUUGGAAAAAUAUGUAAUCAUAAGGCUAUGUAGAGUAGAAUCGUACUUUUUGAAUUUGUGUAAACUAAAAAACGUGGACCUGCCCUUACCUUUUGUUAAUAGCCUCUGCAUUGAUUUGAACAUGUUACUAUGGCCAAAUUGAUAACUCAUUGUCUGCAGAUGGAUUGUGGAAGACUUCAAAAGACAGCUACAGGGGUACUCCUCCAAUCUGACCCUAAAGUUUACAUUCAAUCCUGUUUUUUUUGUUUAGCUGUUUCACUGUAAGCCACGUUUUGCCACGUGAUUACCUGGACUUUCAGGUAACACUAGACUACAAAUAAGUGCUUCAGACAACAUUUUCUAGGAUAACAGUAUUUGUGAUAUCACUGGUUUGAACAGCGUGCCAAAGUUAAAAUGUACAUGGUGUGGUGUUGUUUGGAUUACAUUUUUACAUUGGGUGUAUCUUUCAAUAAGAACAUCUUUCUCACUGCCAUGUUAUCUGGAGGUCUCUGAUAAAGAAAGCACACAUUCCACCCUCUUCUCACACAAAUGGGCUUAUUCUGCCUAUAACGACUCAUUAUUUGUCCACACCAGCUAGUGAGCAAGCACACUCUCAAACACUUUUGAAGCAGGGAGAGAGACCAGGGGCUGCUGGGAGUUGUAGUUGUGCACUUAGUAACUGAUGUCAUGUGGUGGCUUGUCUGGCAUGCAAUUUUCCUCCCCCUUUGACAUGAUUACAAGAUAGCCUGCUUCUGAAUGUGAAACAUGAAGACCUGAAGGAAAAUAAAUAGCUAAAUAAAAUGUAAAAAUAUUGCCAGGGUGCUAUGAAAUCCUACUGUCCAUUACUUUAAAGAAAAGGAAAAAAAAACACUGAAUUGUGCCACAGACACAGGUGUAUUUUCAAAAAGAAUUGUUAAUUUCCUAAUAUUUAUUUUUAUUUUAUCCUUUAUUUAUUGCUUUUAAUUUUGUUAGACACAACCUUGCCAUUUUUGUUCACCAGGUGGUUAUGCCACAGUAUCAGAUACAGCCCCUCAUCUGACUAAAGGCAAAGUCCUUUUAGGCAAGUCCCUCCACUCGGCGGCCAUAUGGCAGCGCUUUUUGGGCACGAAUCGGGCAUCCAUCUCGGCAGAAAUGCGCGUGCGCAAGGCUUCACGACACCAAUCUACUGCAAUCUUGCUCCAACGGCGAGAUCACAACACAUAAUUGGCACUUCACAACACACCACAUUAUUGGCUCAAUGUAUUCAC